UAACAGGUGCGUGCUCGGAAACCACGGAACGUUAUCUGGUUAUCUGAAUGUAAUAUUUGUAUUCAUGUUUUGUGAAAACUUUGUGUAUUCGUAGCAUUUUUCACAAAAUGGCAACAUUCACAAAGAUGAAUAGACUUUGUUCUUCAAUUUGUAAAUUAUUGUUAAAGCAACCAAAGAUACUUGAAGGGAACAGGACAUUUUUUUUACAGAGAGGAAUGAGAACUACCCCUGUAAUCCACCAGAAUCCACAGGGGCAAGAACAGCAGGGUAAUGGUACUCCAUCUCAAUAUGAAGAACAACAAAGGAGAAACAAAGAAGCAGAAUUUACUGAACUUGUCCGAGACUUUUUAAACCCAGGAGAAUUCUACAAUGCAUGUGUAGGACUUGGAAUAGAUUACUUUACUGGAGUACCAGAUUCACUGCUAAAAGAUUUUUGUGCCUAUGUGACAGCCAAUGCACCUGAAGGGAAACACCUGAUAGCUGCUAAUGAAGGCAAUGCUGUUGCCUUGGCAUCAGGUUAUCACCUAGCAACAGGAAAGCAUUCAAUGGUUUAUCUACAGAACUCAGGUCUAGGUAACAUAGUUAACCCAAUAAUGUCUCUGACAUCACAGUCUGUAUACAGUAUCCCUAUGUUAUUGUUUAUUGGUUGGCGAGGAGAACCAGGCAAGAGAGAUGAGCCACAGCAUACAACACAAGGACAAUCAACUCCAGGUCUUUUAGCUGCACUAGGUAUACCAUUCCAGCCUUUACCAGAUUACCAAGAGGGAGCUGAACAGGCUUUGGUCACAGCCAAACAUUAUAUGAAGAAAGCCAAUGCACCGUAUGCCUUACUUGUUAAGAGACAAAUAUUUUCUCCAUACAAACUUCCUAAGACUGGAGAACCACAAUUUCCUUUAAAUAGGGAAGGUGCAUUAAAAGUUAUAGUAGAUUGUUUAGGAAAUAAGGAUGUUGUUAUAAGCACAACUGGUAUGACAUCUAGAGAGUUAUUUGAAUACAGGGUAACAAAGGACAUGGGUCAUGAGAAAGAUUUCCUGACAGUAGGUUCUAUGGGUCAUGCCUCUACAAUAGCCUUGGGAAUCGCACUACAGAAGCCAAGAAGACAGGUAUUCUGCUUGGAUGGUGAUGGAGCAGCCAUUAUGCAUUUAGGAUCCAUGGCAUCCAUAGGUCAGAAUGGGCCAGCCAAUUUAAAACAUGUGAUUAUAAAUAAUGGAGCUCAUGAUUCAGUAGGAGGACAACCAUCAGAUGCAAAGAACCAUGAUACGUUCUCAUUUGUUAAAAUAGCUGAAGGUUGUGGUUAUAAACAGGCCUUUUCAGCAACAACAGAAGAAGAGAUAAAAGCUGCUAUAACAGCAAUGAGGUCAAUGAACGGACCUGUGUUGUUAGAGAUUAAAGCAGAGAAAGGACAUAGAAAACAAUUAGGCAGACCCACUAGAACUCCUUUACAAAAUAAAGAAGAUUUUAUGCACUUCUUAGCUAUUGGAUAAACAAUCAGUUCUUUCAAAACAUUUCUCCUGGUAUUUCAUAUGAACUUGCAAUUUAUAGGUAUUAAAUUUACAUAAUUAUCAAAGAAGGGGUAUUCAUUUUUUUUAGAAGUGCUUUAGGAUUCUUUUUAUUGUAUUCAUAUAAUAUCAAACUGUUCUGGGUUUUAGAACAGGAGGUAAACAGUAUUUUUUUGUCAUUUUACAUUGGGUAAUCAAAUAGCAUUAAGUGUUUCAAGUUUAAUAGACCACCAAUGAUAGAUAAUGGUUUUUUUUUUAUUGCUGCUUGUCUAAGCUUGAUUUUAAGGAUAGGUUAAAAAUCUUGCUGUCCCAAGUCAUUGCUCAAUUCAACUUAAUUUGUUAUUGUUACAAUUUUACAAAAAUCUGAAUGUGAAUUUUUUUGUUGAUAUACAUUUGUACUUAUACAUAUAAUUUUUGCAGUUGACAUUUUUAAUUUUGAUAAGUAAAUAUUUCAGAUAAAACAUAUUAUUUAGAGCCAGAAAAAAAAAACUUCUCAAAUGAAAUAUUAAGAUAUAUUAAAGGAAGAUUUCUAUCAGUGUGUAUGUUUGUUAUAAAAUUGUUGAUAUAUGUUGAAUCAAUCAUAAUAAGUUCUAAAGGAAAACUACAGCUGCUGUUUUAUAUUAUUGUAUUAUUUAUCGUAAUAAUUUUGUUAACAUGGGAAGUUGAAUUAGCUUGGUCAUGCUGAAGAACCUCAUUGAUCAUCCAAUGCAUUUCAAGAUCGUGAACUUUAGAAAAUAAGAUAUACCAGUACUCACCAGUAUUUUAUAUGAUUGACUCAUGAUUGUUCUCAAAUGUCAUGUAUACUAAUAGUUAUUUCACAUGUCUGUAAAAUUGAAACCCUUUCAUGACAUAACUUUCUCUGUCUUUACACUCUGUGACAAAAUUAUGUCUCAUAGGGCUCUCCAUACAUUCCAAAAUAAGAACUGUUUCUGAAUAGUUAGAUUACAACUACCUCUUUAUAUUUAAAAAAAAAACAUAUAAUGUAAUUGUAACCUAGUUUCAUUAACAACAAAUUCAUUUUCGAGUGUCUGAAAUGUUUAAAUUUAUUUAAAAGUCCAAUCAAAAUUCACUAUGCAAAACAUUUUCAAUUUUCAUUGUUUUUAUUAUUUUGAUAUUUUUUUAUGAAUGAUGUAUAGACUCUGACUUUUUUAAAUGAGAAAUGAAUUAAGUGUUCUAUUAUGUUUUUGUAUUUCUACUGAUGUUCAGUUUUUUUUUUAUUAUUCAUCAUGUUCUAUCAAUUUUCCACCAUGGAUCAUCUAUCAUAAAAUAUACAUUGAAUUUUGAUAAGAAUCUCAAAAUAAAAAAGUGAUCUCCUGUUCAAACUUGUGAGAAUGUUGUGAAGCUGUAUCACAGAUAUUUGAAGCUUUUAGAUCAUAUGGUCCCAUUGAAUAAAAGCUAGAUACAAAAAUACUGUUUUUCUAUAUUCCUUUUUAGCUGAAUGACAGUUAAUUAAUGUUAAAGUGUUUUAUAUCUGUCUGUAUAAAAUACUUUUAUAUUGGUGUUUAGUAUAGCAAAGAAGUUGUUGAUUCUUUUCUAGUCUCUUUUUUUCCUCACCUUUUCUACACCAUUAUUAUUAAUAUAGAGUAGUCUCCCUUUGAAAGAUUACCUUAUCUUCCAGUUCUAUCACUAUCAUAUCAACUCAUGCAUGCAAAUAUCAUUUCUGCUCAAAGUGAGUAUUUUAUAAGAAUGCCAUGUAUAACUGUGGAAGAAAAGUUGAAAUUUUAUGCAACUUUUCCAUGAAAUUUUGGACCAUCAUUCAAUAUUUUGGAUUAUCUCUCAUAUUGUACGCAUAUACAUAUUGUGGGAUAUGACAUCCAAACAACCUUUUUUACGAUUAAUAUUUUGAAAGCAUUCUUUUUUCUGUAUUUUCUUUCCAAAGAACUGAAAUCCAUGUAGUUUUGUAAUUAUAUGAGUGUGUUCAAGAACAACAAGAAAGUUACCGUGUAUAAUGUUCAAGAAUACAGUUACUUCUAUGUGUGAUAUCUUUUUAUUUAUAUGGCAGCAUUAGAUUUGAUAUGAGGCUUAUGUUAAUUUCUUGUUUUUAACCAUCAGGAAAAAAGCCAAAAAAUAUGUUUUGCUUAAUAAAAAAAAACACUGUUUCUGAACUGGGAAAUGAUCUUGUACAUUUUCCAGGUAAUAAAGAAAUAUCAGAUUCAGGAUGAAUUUUUACGGCAUCUGUAGACUUUUUUUUUUUUUUUUUUU